CCUUGGGAAAAAUCACCGAUCACGCAUCUUGCUGGAGUAGACAUCAAACAUGUUUAUCCACCAGUAUUGAACAAAUUUUUUAAAGUUGUUCUUGGAACUUAUAAACCAAAAGUUGUGAUCGUGACCACACCUAAUGCGGAAUUUAAUGUUUAUUUCCCACAAUUAAAGUAUGGAACACCCGAAGCGACGUUCAGAAUUGAUGAUCAUAAAUUUGAAUGGACCCGGAGCGAAUUUCAGAAAUG